ACAAUGGGUGAUGCUUUGGGAGAGUUACUAUGACAACAAAGCCGACCGUAAACAAAGUUACGCUUUUAAUGGAUCACGUGACACGACAACAUGGGUGGACGUGGACCUAGCACAAUGUUACACGGUCAAGAAACAGGUGUGUGCCAAGUUAAAUCUCCCUCAGUAUUUACAAGUCGGCAUAGACAGUGCCAUAAAUCUAAGCAAGGUCAAAGGUGAAGUGUUCCAAAAGGUUCACACCUGGGAGAUCAACUCACAGAUUGCAGUUGAGCCAUCGUCCCGAGCCCAUGCUCAGCUGUUAGCGAGACAAGAGUGCUCUGUAUAUGAGUUUGAGAUUCGAACCACUUUGUCUGACCGGAAAGGAGUCCUCCCCAUUAGGUUUACUAGCGUGAUUGGCUGCGAAGAACGAGAGCUUCGAUAUGAGGUGACCAUUAAAGACUUACUGCAAGCGUUUAGGCCAGUGGGAGAGGGCGGAGUUCUUACCCCUGAAGAAAAAGCCUGUGUGGAGUUUGUGGAGGAGAAGUGGCUGGACAAAGAUGGCGUGGAGCACUCAACCACCCACCCCCAGAUCAUCACCCGGGGCUCCUGUGUCUACCUCAGCUGGACUGACCAGAAAGUUGACAUCAAGACCAGUCCAUUGUCAAUGGACGAGUCCACUUCUGAUGGGGACAGCAAGAUGAACUGAUCGCCCGUCAGUCAUACUAAAGUAGACCCAAGCGUCUGUUCAAUGUUUGUCUUCGAUUAGCCAGACUACAUUCGUAGAUGGUAUUGAUACAAAAUAUCCUCUAAA